UGCCUCAUCCUCCUUGUAUCUUCCCAUCAGCUCACCGACCCUCGUUAUGCCUACUCCUGCGGUUUAUGUGAUUGCCAUCCUCGGGACGGUCGCUGCUGGGCUGGCGUUCAAGGAGUUCGUAUACGAACCCCAUAUCGCACCCAAGGUUGAGCGAUGGGCAGAGGAUUUCCUCGAGCGCAGGCGAAGGGCCCGCUCCAGGACUCUAGCCAGGCCGUAUGAAGCAGCGUACUUCGAUGCGGAGAGUCUAGAUGACAAGAAGAGUGACGGUGUCGCCCCAGACUCGUUCGACGAUAAGAGGUCGUUCGAGUUGGAGAAUAUGGUAACGAAGGAGGUACACGAGUGGCGCAAAGAAGUAGAGCGCAGUACGCUGCGCCGCAGGAAGCCUCAGCUGCAUACCAGCGUCGACGACAUCCCAUUCGAGCCCAUGACACCGACGCCUAUCCGCGCUGUGCCAACGCAUGUCAUUUGCGACCCCUCUUCGCCUACAUUCAGGACCAGUAGCCCAUCGUCGCAGGGCUUGCCGACUCCAGCGGCAUCCGUCCGCGAGUUGCCCUCCCCUGCCCCUCUUCUCCAGCCUCUCCCCGCAGAGCAGCCAGUCCCGGAACCUCAGAUCGCCUCCUCCGCCCCGCAGUCUCAGGCCGGCGAUGUGCAGUCGCUCUCCAUGUCUCACCCCCUCGCCGCCUCGAUCGACCUUGACAUCAUGUCGGCGUCUUCCCUCUCCCGUGCGCCAUCCGUCGCGUCUUCUGAGGUUCGCUCACUUGCUUCUACUCGUGCGCCCUCGCGUGCGGAGACUCUGACGUCCUCGCGCGCGCCUUCGCCCACGUCGUCCUUUGCCUCCUUCCCCGCCGGCAGCCCAGUCAUCCCAGCACGGGACCCCUUCGCGUCGGCGCAGGAUCUGCUCGCGGCCUCGGCCGCGGUGUCUACGUCCAAUUACGCGAGCGCACCUGGUACGAUCUUCUCCGCCUCUGACGACGAGGACGACCUGUUCGCAGGCCCCCGCGCCGUAUCGCGCAACACAUCGUCCGAUCUCAGCCGCAUACAGUCUCCCACGCCGUCCAACAUGUCUUCAUGGGCCGACGAGCUCGAGACCGGCAGCGAGGUCUCCUUUUCUGCGUCGAGCUGGGUCAGCACCGGAGACCACGACCAGGCGAGGUGAUAGAUCAAGCCCUGCAGUCAGCGUACAUCCGCACAUUUGUAAGAUAUAAUGCAGUUCCUCCCCUGCCUAUGUACUUGUAUCUAUCCCGCUUCCGAUCUCAGCCUGGUUUCCCGAUUUCGACAUUGUUCCUGAUCCUAUCCUUGUUCCCGAUCUCAUCCCUGUUACUCGUCCAUCGUCUUAAUCUCAGCUUACGAGGCGUAUGUCCUUGCUUACAUUGAGGCGACCCACAAGUCUAGAUAUAGUCGUCGCACGCCCUCGCUCUCGCUGUCCCAUUGUUCUCAUAUCCGUUCGCCCACCUCAGUUCCGAUCGUUAUAUACAAUCACGUCUCGUAGGAUUCAUGUACUAUAUAUUGAAUGACAGUCAUCCCAGGUCGAAUAUACACGCUGAGAUUCGACGAAAGCCA